CGGUGCAGAACAACUGCCAGUGUGCGUCGGGCGUCGGACAUGCGCCACGAGCGGAAACUGUCUUGCACCCUCGACUCGACACCUGCACGUUACGUCAUACGCAUGAGGCUCCCACGCGCACAUCCACCGCCGUUGCUAGCACCACCCAGCUCCGCGUGCCGCCAUCCGCGCGACCCCGCAUCUCUGUCGCCCGCAUGGCCACUCCACGCGUCGCCGCGUUCCCCCCGCCCGCGACACGAGUCCGCCUCACACCGCUCGUGCUGCGCGCGCUUCUCAUGUGCCUCGUCUGCCUCGUCCCUGCCGCUCCCGCCGCACCCAUCUCGUCGCCCCCUCCCUCCUCUCCGUCGCAGCCGUCGCCCACUGCCGCUCGUCGUCGCCUGCGACAAUCGCCCGAUCCCCUGUCGCUGGCUGUCGCCUCGUCGCCCCUGGCAGAUUGGGCGGCAGGCGAUGGGCGGGAGGGUGACACAUGGCGCGAUUUGAGUGGCGAGUUUGAUGAGGCGGAGGACGAGGGUGACGCGGAGGGGAGGGCGUGGCGGGUGGAGGAGGGGUGGAGGGAGUGGGACCGACUGGUUGGGUGCGAGCGCUUCCGAGCCAAACACGCAGGUCGCAGCAGCAGCAGCAGCAGCAGCUUCCAGGGCGCUGAGGCGAGUGACUGCUCGCUGCUGAAGCUGCCCCACGUCACUGUGCAGAUCAUGGCGUCCUCCUCGCUGCCCGAGUGGCUCGAGGGCUUCUUCACCUGCCCGUGCGGGCUCACGUGCACGCUGUCGCGCAGUGAGGUGCUGGCGGCGCGCCCCGACGCCAUGCUGUACGAGGGGUCGGUGCCCGUGGGGCAGCGCGUGCAGGGUGAGCCGCUGCUGGUGCAGGUGGCCCUGGAGGAGGGGGGCACGGCGGGGGCGGAGGAGAGGGGCGUGGAUGUGGUGGUGGGGUAUGGGCCGGGUGCGCACGUGCAGUGCUCGUACGCUGGCAACCUGCUGCUCGCCGACCACAACCGCCUCAUGGCCCCCACCAAGAACCCCAACCGGACCAUCUUCCAUGCGUCCUCGCGCUACUCCCCCUGGCGGGCGUCCGCCGCCCCUGUGCUGCUGGCCCACCCCCUCACGCACCGCUUCGGCCUGCAGGCGCCCCUCUGGCUGCGCCUCUCCUCGCGCCGCGCCUUCCCCCACUGCCAGUACACGCCGGGGCAGGGGGGGGGGGAGGCGCAGGGGGCAGGGGGAAGGGGGCAGGCACAGUCGCACUUCCUUUUCUCCCUGGCCUUGGAACGCCAGCCCCACCCCGCCUAUGUGACCGAGAAGUUCUUCCUGCCCCUGCUCGCAGGCAGUGUGCCCAUCUACUACGGCGCCCCGGAUGUGAGUGCGUUUGCCCCCCCGGACUCGUUCAUCGACGGGCGGGCGGAGAGCGAGGAGAGCAUCUUGCGGCGCGUGCAGGCGAUGCGCUCCAACGCCACGGCGUACCUGGGCUACCAUGCCUGGCGCAGGUGCGGGGUGCUGGGGGGGCUGCAGCACGCCCUGCGUGUGGGCGUGGACUCGCUGCCGUGCCGCCUAUGCCACCGCAUCAGCGCCAUGGGCGGCAGGGCGCACGUGCCACACCCACGCAGCGACGAGGACGCUGCUGCUGCUGGUGAUGGUGGCAUGUCCGCAGCAUUCCCUGCCGACGCUGGCUUGUCGGCCAUUUGACCUGCGCCCUCUGUGGAAGCACGCGGGACGAGAGAUGGUCUGUUUUCAAGCGACUGUGAAAUGGCUCAACUGAUUCUCAUCCCACAGCAUGG